UCCGAAUAUUACAGUAAUAAAGUCAAAACAUGAGAAUAAAGUCAUAAAACUACGCAAAAAAAAGUACAAGAAGAAAAGUUUAGAUAUUUGGAAGAAAAAGGGUAAUGAAAGCGGAACAAAUUCAUACCUGUGAUGCGCUUCGUCGGUGACAACACAAAGCGGAGACGCAAGCGGUUUAGGUGAAAUGAAAAGACGUGGUGUAGCUACAUGGGCUGCUUUAAAAAAUGGAAACGUGGCCCCGGCAGUCUUUGAUGUUUCAGUAUGUGGCCCUUGGUGGAAAACGUUUGGACACCCCUGAUGUAGAUGAUCGUGCAGCUGCUUGUGAUCAUAAAUGACGAAGCGUGUGAAGUAGGAGUACAAGUAGUUUCCUUCACCACAGUCGAAGCUAUGGGAUACGUUAUGUUAACUGCGCCUGACGACCCUCAGGUUUAUUACGAUCAUCAGGUGGAUUAUUCUGUCGAUGUUUGUCAUCAUGCAGGACAAACCUUGUGAAUGAGGAGUAGCGACAUUAAUCACAGCUCAAGUUAAGAGUCACAGCAACGAGGAGCGCUCUUCCGCUACUGCUAAGGACUCCAACGAGCAGGACAGACAAAUUCCAUGUGUGCUGGUGGGCCUUGAAUACUGUGCAUACUUGAUGAAACCACCAACGGCAAACAUCCCACUGAAUGUGAAAGACAUGGAAUCGAGGCUUUCAAGCUAGGCUGUUAGGAUUCAACAAGUAUUAUUUCACGUGUGCUGAAAGAAAUGAAAGAAUAAUCCUGACAGCAUUCCAUUCCACAUUUACAAAUCACUUCUUUGUUAGAGUCGGGAGGCUGAAAAUGGGAGCAGUCACCACCUCGCUUGCACUCCUGUGUUUAUGCUCGCUGGGCUCGUGUGUUCCUGCCGGGACGCCGCCACCAACCCAGGCGUCUCAGCCGGACGUGAAAAAGGCGCGAGGCGAUGUUCCCGACAUCCUUCCCGUGAACGAGCCGGAGCCCACCCACCUGACGUCAGACUUUGAGAACUCCUACAACUACGUUUUGUCCAGGCUGGCCGGGAUGGACCAGGCCAUCCACAAACUCAACGUGGGGCACUACACCCUGGAUGUCAAAGUGGGACAGCUGAUGGAGCAUCUGUCCAGGAUGGACGCAAAGGUGGUGGAGCUGGAGGACAAAAUCCGGGACGUCUACCAGCACAGCAAAGACAACCGCAAGCAGAUGGGAAGACUGGAAGGUUGCCAGAAGGGUCUGAGGGUGGGCUACAAGUGUUACCUGGUCUACAACAGCUACGAGGACUACGCCGGUGCGUCCAGGAAGUGCCAGGAGCGCGGGGGGCGCAUGGCGAUGCCCCGCGACCGGCGCGAGCAAGAAGCGCUGGCCGACUACGUCAAGUCCUUCUUCCAUCCGGGCAACUGGCCCGUGUGGCUGGGCGUCAACGACCUGAGCGCCGAGGGCCAGUACAUCUACGACGACGGCACGCGGGUCUCCUACUUCCAGUGGCGCAAGCACUUCCUGUCCAGCCAGCCCGACGGCGGAAAGCGCGAGAACUGCGUGGCCAUGUCGUCGGACGACGGAGACUGGUGGGACCACUACUGCGAUCGCGCCAUGAACUAUCUGUGCGAGUUUGACGACAGGGUGGCGCUCUAGGUUUGGACUUUGACACGGACAGACGUCGACCCCCACUUAGUAUGAUGGAGUUCACAGGCUUUCCAUGAGUAAACACGUCCGUAACCAUGGCAACAACAAAGCCAAGAUGGCAGCACACAUUUCAACAUUUAUCGCAAUGCUAGCAUCCCAACACCAAGUUUCAAACAGUAGGCCCGCUGCACAUCACACACGCUCCCAUACAACAUAGAAUGGAGGGAAACCAGCAGCGCCUGUAGUUAGUAAGGAGACAUUUUAUCCAAGAGGAGACUGAGGGCAGCAAUGGGGAAGGAGUAGAAUACUGCAGCAACAAGGUAAGCUAACGAUAGCUUUCUCGCCGUGCGGCUUACAUUUAUUACGAUCUGCUCCCAGCACUGCUUUAUGUGGCCCAUGUAGUAUCAGCUCAGCACCCCCCCAGCUAGGGACCAGGGACUAGAAAUAGUACCUGCUUUUGCCAGUGGAAAAGCGUCAGUAGCUGAGUAGUUCCCAUCAGUGUUGGGCAAAUUACUUCCAAGACGUCAUUCUUGUUACUUUCCCAAAAAUCAGUAGCGGAAUGAGUCCUUCAUAAAUGUAAUCAUUAGGGUUGUGAAGGAUGAACCCAUGUGACCGGUAUCAGCGUCCUGGAUGGAUAAGAAUCAGCCAUAAAUCCUUAAAUGAAUGGAUGUAAAUAGUAUUAGCAAGAUGUUCAACACAUCAGCAAAACAUACGUAUAUUAUAGCCAUGUAGUUGAUCUUAUUUAUUGUGUAUUGUGUCAAAGUAAGACAGGAACAACAUCUAAUUAAAAGUAGUAAAUGAAUACAGAGCCACCAUCCACCAGUACCAGCCUGGACUUUCUUUUUCAAUGACUUUACACUCAUUAGCACAUUAGCUAAUGUGCUAAUGUGCACGUUAGCACUCAGUAAGGUCAUCAAAUCUUACCUUUUCGCAUUCCCACAUAGUAUCAACAUCCAUCCAUUUUCUAUACCGCUUCUUCCUCAUUAGGGUUGCGGGGGCAUGCUGGAGCCUAUCCCAGCUGACUUCAGGCGACAGGCGGGGUACACCCUGGACUGGUCGCCAGCCAAUCGCAGUAGGAUCAACAUUUGGGAGCAAAUAUGAGGUGAAAGGAAAAAGGGUGAAAUCCAGUAUAGUAGUCUAUCUGUGCAGCGCGGGACAAAGUUAGAUGCUGUGUUCAUGGGUCGCCGCUCUCAACAAACAACAUAAAAAUGCAAAAACUGUGGGAUUUCAAACGGUAUAUUAUUUUCUAAAUAAAAUAAUGGCCCAUAUUUCCAAAAUUGCUAUCCCUUUACAUAAAAUCCGAUGUAGCUAUUUACUAAUUAUUUUAAUUUUAAGUGUUUUCUUUGAAUCGUUGUGCCUGAAGGUUUCCCGCGGCCUGGUGGUUGGGGACCCCUGCCUUACAGCAUGCUUGGGGAUGUGAUGUGUUCUUUUACACAUUUGAAAAUACUGUAAGAAUGACACUUUUACACAACUGGCAUUAAUUGCCGUCUACAUCCAUUAAUGUAACAAUUGAAUCAAACUGUAUCGUUUGUACACUGUAUCGAAUCAUUCUGUUUUUAAAAUAUAUGCAUUGCCUACCACAAAGAGAUUUACAUCCCUCGUGAUUAGUUAGCACAGGAAGUAUUUAUUGUGUAUACAGUAUGUGUACUGUAUGUGGAGUGUUUGGUGAGAUGACGGCUGAGGGCUGAGCUUGUGACUUGCAGUUCUUUGCCAAUACGCUAGGGCGGCAGUGUUUUCCUGAGUGUGAGCAACCACAAGUCUGGUUGACUACGUAGUUUAAGUAGCUUCCUGUGUAGUAGUAGUAGUAGUAGUAGUAGUAGUAGUAGUAGUAGUAGUAGUAGUAGUAGUGAACAAUGGCGACUGAAGACACAUCCAGAUGCUUGAUAUCAGUGCAUGAUGAUAAACGCAGCACAUGUCACUGUUAUUAAAUAGUACUUAAUAACUGGAAACAAUAACGCCGUUAGUUAUUAUUUUUAACACUGUUAUUCCCAACACUGCUCAUCAUGCAGUAAAAAAAAAAAAAAAAAAAGUAAUGCACGUUUAGGACACUUUUUUAUGCACCACAGAAUGUUUUAAUAGUUUUUUUGAAUAAAUGAUUUUAAAGCCUGUUUUCUAGCAAUGUCAUAUUAGUAUUUCUCUGAUUAUGUUAACCUGCAAUGUUGUACUUCCACACACUUUUUCUUGCUAAAAGGUGGCUUUUGGGUGUCUGAGGGCUGAGAUGAUAUUUACAAAUAUUUCAGCAAGGUCGGUUGCAGGGCGUGACUCUCGUGUUGGACGGCUGACUCAGCUCUGCCCAUGAUGUAACAAUUGCACAAUAAAAGAUGAAAGUAUGCAUCCUUGGCAUGAGUCA